AUGCCGAUAAGGGUAGCAGAGGAAGCACUGGAGCAGGCUGCUGAGGCUCUGUGCCAGUCCAGACUCCUACCACCAGAGGGCACUCAGGAGUCAGUCCACAAGAUUGUCCUCGCCAAAAACCAGCACAGGCAGCGCUGGUCCACCAUCAGGCUGCUGCUGGCGCGAGGGGCGGAUCCCAACGCCUCGAUGGUGCCCAUGCCCGUCCUCUUCCUCGCCAUCAAGGCUGCAGACACACAGGCUGUACAGCUGCUGCUGGAGUCUGGAGCCCGCACAGAUAUCUGCCUGUCCUCCGAGCUGAAUGGUCUGUAUCCGCUGCAUGUGGCAGCUGGUCUCCCGGGAGACGAAGGCCCUCGCAUCACUGAGCUGCUGCUGCACGCUGUGGCCGACCCUGAUGUCCAGGCGCAGGACGCUCACGUGCUCCUCGAGCUAGACAAGAACACGCCCGAUCCCCAGGCAGGAUUUGGGAACAAAUCUGCAAAGGGACCUGGCAGUGCCAGUUUGGACAUGGGCAGGACGCCGCUCCUUGUUGUCUGUCAGAGAGACCAUGACUACAAGCCAGCACCAAUCUACUGUGGAGCGGACACUCCCCCCUCUCUGGCCAUCGCCAGUGGCAACCACCUGGCUGUGGAUGUGCUGCUGGCGUGGGGUGCGGACCCCAACCUCCCUCUGUCCUGCCGAGUGGGCAGUGCUCUCUGUGCCAAUGCCAACAUCGCCUACAACAGUGGGACUCAGCCCCGCAACAGAAUCUUACUGUUGGAAAAGCUGAUGAAAGCAGGUGCCAACAUCCUGAUGCCCAUUCUGGUUGGGGAGGGGCGUAAGUGUGUGAUGGGCACAGCUGUGGAUUAUGCCUACCACUCCUUCACCCAGGAUUGGCGUAUCGCCCAUACUCCGUACCAUGCACUCAACCCCCGAGAGCGUGAGACCCUGAACGCCCGACGGCAGCUGCUAAGCGCCAUGGGAGAACUGCUGAGGAAGGCGGCGAGCAGGAACCAACAGUCAGGUCUGGAGGGAGAACAGAGCCUCGUCAGUAGUGAGACAAAUAUGUACACUGGAGCUAGAGCAGCGGAGGAGAAUGCCAGCACAGUGUCUAUCAGUGAAGAUGGUAAAGAAGGGAAGAGGUCAAUCAGGAAGCAGGCGUUUAAGUACUGCUACCAGUGCGGCCGCUCCGUGGGUGUGGUGCUGGUGGCCUGCAGUCGCUGCCAUGAGGUGCUCUACUGCAGUAAGACCUGCAAGAUGAAGGCCUGGAAUGACAGACACAAAGAGGAGUGUGUGCGCGUGCAAGAUCAAGACCACAGUGACACCAAUGUGAUAGAGGAGAGACCCACACAGAGGGAAAGCACAGCCAACAAUAAGAGGGCUUCAGUGAAGAGUCCAGAGCAGCCCUCCCUAAUCACAAAGAUGAAGGCACACAUGAAGCAAAAAAUGAUCACAGAGAAGCUAAAGGAACGACGCAAGGUCCUCACUCAGAAGUGGACUGAGAAACGACAUGCCUCAGGGGACCAGUCCAAGAGCCGAAGAUCCAAGGACCAGCCCAAACAUCCCCCACAGACACAGCUGUAUGACCCCAAACAGAACUACAGCUACAUUUAAUUAUGUCCUUAAUAAAGUUAUUUUUAUCAUCA